AUGAUAACCGGAGUGAUACGAGAUCAGAAUACUAACACAUGGAGGAGAAAGAACAAUAAAGAUCCGCUUACAGAAACUGAUCUAACAAUAUCACAUGAUAUGAAGGCGAGGAGGUUAAGAUGGGCAGGGUAUACAGCACGGAUCAAUCCACAUGGAAGUUUACUAAAGCGAGCUGAAGGACUCAUACGCUAUAUAACAAAGGAAUUUGAAAGAUGCUAUAUCCUAAUAGGUUAUGCUAAUUGGGAGAUCGCGAUAACAUUACCAAAUAGCACCGGACUAUCUUCCGAGGACCCGCCGUAUCUGGAGAAAGCUGUCCUCCGGCUGCGGCUCCUCCGGGACACAGGUGCCGACGAUGAUGCCCAUCCUGAAGAGAUCACACCGGCCGAGGCUCAGGACACCAUGCUGAAGACCUGCGGAGGGUUCACAAAGGUUCUUACAGGAUACGAGCGACAUAUUGGGGCUCGGAGCGGUGUGCGGUUAUCUGCCAGUGGUUUUAUAGUGAGAACGAUCCUUAAUAAGGAAGAAGUCAAAAUGAAAGUUCCCUUCGACCGCAGACAUUUAACCACCAUUCAGAUGUUAAAAUAUUCAGAAUCCGAUACGACCUCGACCGCCUGCCGGCUACCGGUUCAUAAGAAUGCAAAUAACGUCAGGAGGGGAAGGAUCAAGAAGCGCAAUCGCAUGCCGCCGAUGGACAGUCGAUCG